AUGGGCCUUGAGCUGCAGGUUUCCGGGUCCUACACGGGCUUUCGACUGAACGUCAACACCUACACGCUACUGCCUGCUGCUUGGGAAGACUCUGCCACAAGGUUUUUCCAGACCGGUGACCUAAUAUUCACCUCGCUGUAUACCCUGGAUGUCCUCGUCCGUAUCGUUGCGCUGAGACGACAGUUCUGGCGGCAGUGCAUGAACUAUUUGGACGUUCUUGUGACGUUGAUCUCGAUUAUCGAGGUCAUCAUGGUCACGCCAGUGAAUCCGUUCCUUUUCCGGUUACUCCGCAUUGGGAAGUUGGCGCGGGCGUUGCGCCUCAUUACUUUGUCGAACGUGCUACAGUCGCUGGAACUUUUGACGAAGUGCUUGCAAGCAAGUGUCGAAAUGCUGUUUUGGACCUUCUGCCUCCUGAUAUGUCUGCAAUGUGUGGCUGGGAUGCUGGUGAGCGGUCUCUGCCGCGACUUCAUCGAGGACGAGAGUAACAAUCCUCGGAUCCGGGAGGAAGUCUUCCGGUACUACGGAACCUUCUCCCGUACGUUUCUCUCUAUGUUUGAAAUCCUUUUUGCAAACUGGGGACCACCUUGUCGCGUUGUUGUGGAGAACAUCAGCGAAUGGUUCUCUGCGUUCUUCCUGCUGUACAGAUGCGUGUUGGGUUUCGCCGUAUUAAAUGUCGUGUCUGCCGUGUUUGUGCAGCAAACCAUGAAGACGGCAAGCUCAGAUGAGGAGUUGGCCUUUAAGCAGAAAGAACGGGAUGUGGCAAUGUACACGCGCAAG